AUGAUGGUCUCUGACGAAGAGAAACGAUGGAUUGUUGUGGGAAUUGCUAUGAACAAAGCUGUUGCUCCUGUUUUGCGAGAUACUGUCAAACAAGGAAUGGACAACAACUUUACAGAUCUGGACAGACACUGCCAGCAUCUGACCCCACCGUGUACCUUAAGGACAUUAAUUUAUAGUGUUGUCCGAACAGAUACUUUCUUCAGCAGCCUGAAAUUUCAAAAUAUUAACAGCAAUGAACUUGUGCAUGGUAUACGAAACUACAACUUCAACAUUAACAACUCCGUAGAUUUGGCUAAGUUGUACCUACCCGGGUAUCUUGCUCAGUUCUCAGCCUUUGAUGAGUCGCUGGACAUGACUGCCAUCCUUCGGCUUCUAGGAUUCAAAAACUACAUGCCUAUACCUAUGUUCUCCCCACACACCCAGGCUUCAUCUGAUGAUGUCAGAGAAAAUGUCAGAAACAAGUGGGGCCACGUGGAUGUAACUGAGUGGACAAAUGCUCUCUUCGAUGAUUGCUUUGUCAAGCUGGAAACACUGGUGAGAAGUCUAGGCUUAGCACCAGUUGUGGAAAGGAAAGUACUGGAUGAGCUUGCUGAUUGGCAAACAAAAGGUAAUUACAGGCUGAAAAAAUAGUAGACAAGUUCAUUCUCGCUGAGCGAGCGGCCGUUAGGCCGCGAGCGAAGCGACUUUAUAAUUUUGUCGUGCGCGUAGCGCGUGUAUCACGCGGGGAUCGCCAGCGAACUGCGAUUUCGCUUUGGUCAUAAAUCUUUCUAUCGGUUUGGUAUCCGCUGUUGCCUAGCAACAAGCCAUAAACAAAUCCUAAAGACGCCAUUCAACAUGACGUCAUCGUGCAUUUUGGGUCUCUAGGCAACACAUGCAGCGACUUUGGCUCAUUUUAUUCAUCCUCUGUUUAGUGUACGUUGGCAAAUCGCAAAAUAUUUCUGAGGCCAAAAACCGCGGGCUGCAAACAAAACACUCCCCGAUUGGACAAGUGGCUGGAAAUCCUUGCAGUGGAAGGUUUAACACCGAAAGAACGGUGACCUGCACUUCAGCGAAAGCAGCGAAGAAGAAGACCAGUCCGUUAAUCGAGCGGCCUAUAUAAAGCCAGAGAGUGAUUAAACACGGAGAUAAUGCAAAAUGGUUUUGAAAUACUCAUUUGAGCUAUUUUUUCUCAAAUGUAUCUUUAAAUUUAUGAUAAAUAUUGCUCCAUAAGGUUCAAACAGCGUGAAUGGCAGAGAAAGAUACUUCAAGACUAUUAAUUUUCAAAUAGAGGCGGCGCCGCGGUCGCAUGGCCCAGUUGUUAGCGGCCGCACUUUUUUCGUCGUAGGAAGUUGGGAUGCAGGUUCAAAACCUACCGUGGCUACCACCAGUAUUUUUUUCUUUCAUCGUUUUUUUACCCUCUGGCUUUUUACUGCUUAUUCUCACUGCUGACCCCGUUAGCUUCGCGAGAUUUUUGCGAAAACGUAUUUCUAGUUAUAUAGGUAUAGUAUGCGGCAAAGGUAACCCAGAAUAAAUGUUGAAAAGAACCAAAAAUCUCUAGUCAAAAGAUGUUGAUUACUCGUCUCAUUAUAGUUGCGUUGUUUUAUACAAAGCUAUGCCUACUCCUGAUGCAGAUGAAGGAACAGAAAUAGAGUCCUCAACAUGUUAUAACGGAGUUCUGUCGAGGGUCUACAACAGGCUCAAAGCGGAAUCAUAUAGCAGCAUGUUCCAAAAGAGAACCAGAUGGAGCAUCGAAUCAAAUGUUCAGCGUGGAACAAAUUUUUGGCGUACAUACGGGUUAAACUUACUGAUAUUUUGUUUGCACUUACGCUUCAACAUAACAUCCUCUUAAAUGUUUACAAUUUUUUCUUCAAAAUCAAGACAGUGUUAUGCAUGGUUAUAGUUGUCACCCCAAACGACUCUAAAUUUUCCAUCUUAAUUUUCUGCAGGUUGUCAGUUGAUCAUGGGACAUGCCGUAGACAAAGAUCUUCUCCAUUUGGUACAAGAUGAAGUGAGAGAUCUUAUAAAGGACUACCAAACCAUCGAGUCACAAGUGAAUCUGCAGAACAAACAGAUUGAUAAGGUUGAAGACGAUGUUUCCAUCCUUAAAGAUCAGUUUUCAAGUCAAGAAGCCGGGUUUCUAAGCACCAUGGAAAAGAAGCUACAAGAAUUUGAAAAGAAUAGAAGUGAAGAAAUCGCACAGGUUUUGGAAAGGCUUUUGACAUUCGAAGCACAGUUAUCCAUGCGACUUGAGUUGGUAGAAGUAGGGCUUGCUAAGACAGUCGAUAAUCUAGAACAACUGAAGCAAAGCCAAACCAAGACAGAUGACAGAGUAGAACAAUUAGAGCAAAGCCAAAUUAAAACAAAUGAAAGGGCAGAACAUAUAGAGCAAAUCCAAACUAAGACAGAUGAUAGAAUAGAACAGAUUGAGCAAAGUCGAUGCAAAACAGUUCACAGAAUAGAACAACUGGAGCAAAGCCAAACCAAGACUGAUGAUAGAGUCGAACAAGUGGAACAAAUCCAAACCAAGACAACUGAUAGAGUAGAACAACUGGAGCAAAGCCAGACCAGGGCAGGUGAUAGACUAGAAGAACUGGAACAAAGGUGUGACCAAGUGAAGCAAAUUGAAGCAGAAGUGAAAUGUUUAAAAACAAACAAUAGCCAAUUAGGUAAGCUUAGUUUGAGAUCAAAUUAUUGGCCAAGUGUUUUUUAAAUAGAGAAUAAUACAUGGUCACGCGGAGAUAUGGAAUUUAUCUUCGAGUGUUCACAUCGAUAUCAAACGAGUGAGCGCAGCGAACGAGUGAGAUAUCGAAUGUGAACACGAGAAGAUAAAUUCCAUAUCUCCAAGCGUCCAUGUAUUAUUCUGUUUAUUAUAUAAACAUACUGAUGACGGCGUUUUUGAUGAUUUUCCGAAGAUUUCCGACCACCUUCCGAAGAUUUCUGAAGAUUUUUCAAAUUGUCCCGAAGUCCAGACGAACGUUCCCGAACAUUUCCCGAAAAUUUCCGAAAAUUUCCGAAGAUGUCCGAAGAUUUCCGAAGAUUGCCGAGCACUUUCGAGGAAGACCCGAAGAUGUUUCGAUGAUACACCAACGAAUUUAAGUACAAUUUAAGAGACAAACCUGAUGUCAGUGAAAAUAUCGAUAUCUUUACAUGUAAAAAUAUCGUAUUUUUACGUGUGUUCAGAUACCACAUUUCUCGGUGGUAGAAAUCCUUGUAAAACACUGCAGUUUAUAUAAUAAGUCAUUUUUUUUAGCUACAAGGUGGUUAUUGCCAGUGGGCUAGUACGUUGAGUUUCUUGAGCAGUAGGCCCCAUGUUAAUGGUCCGUGGAGAAUGCACUGGGCAAAAAGCACUUAUAUCUGCCGGUGGCUAUGAACAAGGACGAGACUCACGAGACUUUUGUUGGUUUGCUUCCUGCAUGCAAGGCUUAAAUGUUUGUAGAUGUAACCAUUAGUAAACGAAAAGAGACAGUAAACUUGGUCGCGUGGUACAAAGUGACUUUUGCCGUUUGCCGUAAACGUAACUCCGUCUAAAUCUGUCUACUAUAUAAAUCUUGUCAAUUGAUUGCUAGAUAUUAUGAAUAUAGCAAAAUCUGCUCGCCAGCUCGGCUGUUUAUGGUUUAUCAGAUCGGCUUUUUUAAACACAUCCUAUUUCUCCGUGCUUUUUAAGAAAGGAUUAUGAAAUUUUUGAUUACCAUAAUAUUUCUAUCUUUUUUUGUGUCCUCAGAGGCUUUUACUGUAAAGCCUUUCCAUCUGAACACGUGUCGACGCAAACUCCAAGAUCAUUACCAAAGAACAGCAUCUGUGCCCACCUCUGUUUGGUGUAAGAAAUCCGUUGUUGACAUUCGCAAGAUUUACACUCGACUAUCCUUGGUGAAGGAGAAGCAAACCCCAGCUGAAACAACGCGCUUUGAGUUAAAGCAUUACGGUCAUCUUUUCUCUGGAGACACUUACCUCGAUAUCAUUCCAAAACGAAUACUUAUGCAAGGGAAGACGGGAAUCGGAAAAAGCACCUUUAUCAAAAAGUUGCUUGUGGACUGGGUGGAUGUCCAGAAGGAGACAAGUGACGAAGAAACAGCUAUCCUGAAGAAUUUUGAACUUGUGGUUGCUGUGAAUCUCAAAGAAGUGUCCAAAUGUCAAAGCUUUAGAGAUGUAAUUAGACUCUCUGGUGUUUUUGCGAAGGAAGACAAAUAUAUGACAGAAGGCCUUGUCGAUUAUAUCACCAACAACCAAGAGAAAGUUCUUUUGAUCUUCGACGGCUACGACGAAUACCGAUGUGGACGCAACUCAGAAAUCUACGACAUUUUCAUGGGAAAUAGCUUGAGAGAGUGCUGUGUAUUAAUAACAACUCGUAUUUCAAAAGCUGACGAGUUGAGUGGAANUCCAAAUGUCAAAGCUUUAGAGAUGUAAUUAGACUCUCUGGUGUUUUUGCGAAGGAAGACAAAUAUAUGACAGAAGGCCUUGUCGAUUAUAUCACCAACAACCAAGAGAAAGUUCUUUUGAUCUUCGACGGCUACGACGAAUACCGAUGUGGACGCAACUCAGAAAUCUACGACAUUUUCAUGGGAAAUAGCUUGAGAGAGUGCUGUGUAUUAAUAACAACUCGUAUUUCAAAAGCUGACGAGUUGAGUGGAAAUGAAGACCUGAGUGUUGAAAUCACAGGGUUUCAAGAACCUGACAGGAGAGACUUUAUGGCGAGAUUUUUGCCAAAAAAGGAAGUGUUUAAACUGGAGAAUAUUUUACACGAGAGAAAACUUCUUGAACUAGCGAAAGUCCCUCUCCUGCUCCUAUUUUUCUGUACCCUCUGGAAGGAAGGGAAACUAAAGAACUUUCCUGAAACUAAAACUAAAUUGUACAUGGGUAUUAUUCAGUUCAUUCUAAAUCACAGCCAUAGAAAGCAAUCGCCACCUCGGUAUGUUGAAGUACAAUCUUUCACGGCGGUCCUCUCAGAGAUAGGAAAGAUCGCUUUACAAUGUCUUUUGAAAGAUGAUCAUUUGUUUGAGUACAAUCAGUUGUCCGACACUGCCAGUUGUGAAGAAAGCGUCUUCAUCGGUUUACUUCAAAUGACCGAAUACUCUGAAUCCCUACGGCCUGUUGGAAUGGUGUCCUUUAUUCACAAGAGCAUACAGGAGUUUCUGGCCGCAUGGUACAUCACUUUCAGAUGUAUACCAGAAAGCGGGAAUCUCGAAAGUGAAAUUGGAGUAAAGUUGGAGGAGUGCUUAGCCUUGAAAAAUGUAUUCCAGUUCAUAUGUGGCUUGAGUGAGGAAGGAGCACAGACGACUUUGAGCCAUUUUAAGUCCGUCAGACUCUCCGAUCCUUCGCUAGACUUGUCGAAGGCAAUACCGGACGAGGAGAACAAGACAGGUGUACCUCUAAGUGACGUCACUGAACGUCAAAGAAAGUUCAGCGACUUAGUUUUGGACUCAUUUGAAGAGGUUGAAUCAAAAGCUAAGUUGUCAAAGACUUGUCUUGAUUGUCUUGGAGGGAUCCUUGUUGUUUCAAGGCCAGUUCCAGUUGACCUACUGCCCAACGAACGGGAUGUAAACCCUUGUUCUAUAGUUAUAGAGAAAAGUUUCUGGUAUUUUGUGAGGCCGGAAUCUGGGGUUACAAGAGUGCGUAAGCCAUUUAGAAUACUUAGCCGCGUCCGGCCCCCUUGGCUAACUGGAAUCAUAUUGGGUGAAUUUGUAACAAAGUUCCAGAAUGCCAACUGUAUUGUCCGGGGUGGUGUUCCUCCUUGUCAGUAUGGCUCAGUACUUUGUUUCCGAAAUGACCAAGUCCAGUUUUACAUCACAUACUUAGAGCUACGGUGCAAAAACCACGCCAGGCUAUUCACUGAUAUUGCGGUUUCAUCUGAUUCAACAUAUUUAAGUUCAGUGCAUUCAUGCAUGAAAUUCCUAAAAUGCCUAUAUUGUAAAAAAUUGGAAGAGAAUUUAACGCUAGAACUUGCUGCAGUCAUCAAACACUGUAAUCAUUUGGAACUCGUUGAAGUUUCUAAAAGUGAUGACUCUUUAUGUCAACUCCUGGUGCAAGUACCAAAUCCUAGCCGGUGCUCUUUGUCUAUCAAGUCAUGUUGGUUAUCAUCAGCUGGAGCGGUUAACCUUGUAUCUUUGUUACUGAGGUUUGGAAACGUCAACCGCCUUGGCCUUCACCUGGAUGAAUGCUCCGAUGAUGCAGGAGAAAAAUUGGGUGUUGCCUUAAUCAACCUGAAGUCUCUGAAGAACUUGAAACUGAGUAGCAUUAGCCUAACGUCAGCAAUAGCAGCGGCGCUUGGUCAGUCGCUGCCUGAAUUGUCAGCCUUACAAUUACUGAACAUACAGGGCGCUUUUAAGGGACCCAGUUUGCAAUACAAGGCCGAAAUGGAGACGCUGUUUCAUAGCUUUAACAGGCCAUCUGGUUUAAAGGUCUUAAACGUCGCCUGUUUUAACGCGAAAGGAAGUCUUGCUCACCUCACCAAAAAAUUUUGCUUCUUUCCAUUGUUAGAAGAGUUAAAUCUUGAACACUUAGACAUGGCGGAAAUUGACUUCUUUAGUCUCCUCGAGAAUAUGAAAUUCAUCCCUAAACUGCGAUGGCUGAGCCUGAAAGGUAACCCGCUUGGUCAUGCAGUAAGACAGGUAGUCCCACAUUUACUAAAACUACAAAGCCUGCGACAUGUUUUCUUCGAACUAGGAACUGAUUGUUCGAAAGAAGAUUUGGAUUAUGUUCGGGAGGCCGUGAAAGGAAAAGUACCUCAGCUGGAAACUUCCUAUAGUCACAAUUGUCAAUAUUUCUACCUUACCUCUGACUUCGAAUGGGACAUAUCGGACUUCUAG